UCUGGGCAUGCUCCUCCGGAAAAAAGACAAUGAGGGGUGUUUUUUUUUGGGGCUUUAAGUGGAGGUUUCGUAACAUCAUGUAGACGGCUUUAUAUCUGGAUGUUUGAUAAAGUACGCACGCUUUCUUUCACUUGAAAGAAGAAACUUCAAAGUCAUUGAUCCCCAACGAAGAGAGACAAUAUGGACAACAACAACCAGCCUUCACAUGAUGAAGGUCCAGCUCGCUCCUGUUUCUUCAGCGCUGUUGGGCUGUUCACCGGAGACAUGAGACUCUGCAGAGAAUGGGUGAAAAGACAGGUUUUGGUUCUCCAACUGACGGACUGGAUUUUCCGAGGGGUGGCCCAGGUCAUGUUUGUUAACAACCCUCUCAGUGGGGUCCUCAUCACAUGCAGCCUUUUCCUGCAGAACCCCUGGUGGGCCCUGAAUGGUCUUCUGGGGACCCUUACCUCCACUGUAUCCGCAAUGUUGCUAGGACAAAACAGGGAAGCCAUAUCAGCGGGUUUGCAUGGCUACAACGGAACAUUGGUCGGCAUGCUGAUGGCUGUUUUCUCCGCCAAAGAAAGCUGGUACUGGUGGCUGUUACUGCCAAAUAUGUUUAUGUCCAUGUUGUGCCCGGUGGUCUCCAGUGCCUUGUCCUCAGUUGCCAGCAAAUGGGACCUCCCAAUAUUCACCCUUCCCUUUAAUAUUUUGGUGUGUCUACACAUUGCAGCAACAGGAGCCGAUCACCCCUUCUUCCCAGAGGUGGAUAUCAAGCCAAAUCACCUUCAUGACUCCAUCCAAAGCCUCAAUAUCUCUCAGCUCUUCCUGUCAGUGCCAGUUGGUGUUGGCCAGGUGUACGGCUGCGACAGUCCUUGGGCAGGAGGGCUCAUCCUUCUGGCCCUGCUGCUUUCCUCACCAACUAUCUGUUUCCACGCCAUGUUGGGCUCAGCGGCUGGCACCCUGUCUGGACUUGCUCUGGCAGCUCCUCACAAGGACAUUUUCUCAGGGUUGUGGGGAUAUAACAGUGCUCUAUCCUGCAUUGCCAUUGGAGGUGUAUUCUAUGUCUUAACAUGGCAAACCCAUCUACUAGCUGUAAUAUGUGCUCUUUUCUGUGCAUUCAUGACUGCUGCGACCUCAAACCUGAUGUCCAUGCUCGCAUUACCGGCCUGCACGUGGCCUUUCUGCCUGUCAACUCUCAUCUUCCUCCUCAUUUCCUCUGAGAUCCAAGCCAUCUGCAGACUGCCUCUGUCUGUGGUCUCCUACCCCGAGGAAAAUCGGCGCUACCAGAGACAAUUAAAGGCCUUGCAGAAAGCUCAGCACUGUCAGCAGAGCAGCAGCCAAAAAGAGGCCCAGCAGAGGGAGAAAAGUGGGCCAAAUGUCCACUUGGUGGUGGAGAUGGGCUGCAGUGAGUGAAUCUAUGUCUUGCCAUAAAGAGGCUCCUAGUCCUAACCUUUGGGGCAGUUAAAUUCUCAGAAAUUAAGGAACAAUAUGGAUAUAUACAUAUUUUGGCAUUUCCUAUCUUGCAUAAUAUUUGUUAUAUAAAAUGGCUGGCAUUGCAUCGGAUAAAUAGAACUUAUUUUCUUAUUCAACACGGCUUGUCAUACCAGCAGAGGGCAGCACUAUCCAAGAAAAGAUAGAGUCGCUGUUGUAUCACAUAAAUCUAUUAAUACUGAGGAAAGAACAUCAAUUUUGAAUGCAGGGAUACAUUUAUGUAAACUAUCAUUGUAAGCAAUAAUAUAAAUCAUUUUGCAUGGAGUCUUGUGAUGUAACAGGAAACAGAACUCACUUGAGCUUUAGUGGUUUCUGUGAGAUACAGACAAUGAGCCUUAGAGGAGAUUUUAUGAAGCGCUCCCCCAGCAAAAACACCCUCUUCUCUGCCAGGCAUAAUCCAUCAAUGCCUUCUGUGCUCAAAUCUGUCCUAUUGUUUCCUCUAAAUUUUCUUAUCUCCAUUUUGACUUCUUGCUGUGCCCCAGUUUGACAUGCUUUUCUAACCCCCCUUUGUAGCGUCUCUACCUCUUCCUCCUUUCCUCUUUCUUUAUCAGUAUUCAUCACCUCUUUCUUUGAGCAAACCCUUUCUCCUUUUUCUCUUAAGCAAGAACAUUCUGAUCUCUGUGAAAAGAAGCUACUAGGACGUAAGCUCAUAAAAAAAAAAAAAACAUAUACAACCCUGCCUGGGUCUGUCUGCAUUUAUAUUAACAUUUAGAAAAUAGUGUGUCAUUAUUGCCAUCUGCCUGUCUAGUUAUCUGGAGCACAGAGGUACAAGGCUGCAGUCUAGCCAGUGCUACACAUAACAGUCACACUCCCAGACAUGUGUGGGUGCUGCAGUACAUCGGGGGAGAAGGUGUGAGACGAGGGUAGGGAAAGGAGUUGAAAAUGAGACACCUCAUCAUCAUGCCUGGUGAUAAAAUAUGACUUGUUAUGACAGAUUCUUGAAGUGUAAUGUGCCUUUUUUGUCAUACAAUUCAACCCCAAAAAUCCAAAUCAUUUUUACUUAAUAGUCUGAAAGCAGAACAGAGGAAACUCUCCUCAAUUCUCCAUUAUUGUUUUCUAUUAUCCAAUCUAACCUGGAGGUUAAAGUGACCUUACAAGGUGGGUUUGCCUGUGGUCUUUUUACGAAACGUUGAUUCAUUCGUUGACCUUUGAAGGACAGGAUAAGUGCGGGUAGAGGGAUGGUGCGAGCUGAGGUGGUGUCACUACCCCUGUGUCGGUGUCGUGUGCUCACAGCAGUGUGAUUCACCUUCCUAAGUCCACUGCAGGUGGUGCCCACUGUUCCCACAAAACAUAGCAGAGUAGAAAGAGGGAUGGGGCUGACAAAGCCUUGCCACACAGUCACACAAACCUUGAUGCAUGCAGAGACUGUUUGUCUACUUCUGUGUCUGUCAGUGAAGAAUAGCAAGUCCUAUAUAACAAUAUUGGCUGGGGUAUUUUAUAACUGCUGGUGAUUAUGGAUCUGUAUCAAGACAAAGAUAUCAGCAGCACUAACAAUGGGGAAAAGGGAACUGUAUUCAGAAUGAUCCAAUUGUGUACAAGUUGAUGGAUCUGUCAUUUAUCCACAAAGUUAAAAGAGAGGAUACAGAUGGAUCAGAUUUGACACAGUGUCAUUACAUAAAAGGAUACUGUUGGCAUUGGAUUUCUGUUAUAUAUUCCUAAAUAUGUUUGAUCCAUUUUGCAUAAGCAUGACAAAUGUGGCUAAGGGCAUCAAUGGGUUUUUAGAAAAGAUCUGAGGCAUUAAGCAUACAAAUGUACACAAAGGACCAUGUUACGUAAGAUUCUCUGACUGGUUUGUCAGAGAAUCUUACAUAACAAUGUUAGUAAGAAGCCUAAUCUGUUGCAAAUUCAUGAAUGGGUUUAUAUGAGCUACCGAACAAUUGGCUAUCACAGAUCGCCUAUUCAUCUCCCUCCAACAAUCACCACAGAUGCUUCAACUUGAUACGCUUUCUAACUGUGCAUGCUUACAUUUGAAGUAUUGCAUGAAAGGCUUGAGUGUAAUAGCCAUGCAUAUAGAGUAAACCAUUUAAAUCAGCAGUCAGAUGAAACUCAGGCAAGCAAUCAGCUACCCUUAAAUGUGCUGGUGUUUAGUGGUGGAGAAAAAAAAACAGCUUUGGGGAUUUAUUUUAGAUUCAGAAGGGAAAGGUUGCCAACAGGAAAUGUGCAAAAUGUGGAAAAACAGCAGAUAGACUUAGAUAAUGUAAGUUACAGCUAAUAUGCACACUUUCAAAUCAUCGUCCAAUGCAUACUCUCAGACAAAGUGUGCAGAGGCUGGCUGACUUUUAGCAGUUGUCUAUGGUUCAGUUCCUAGUCAAACCCUCAAUCAGUGUCAUUGUUAACAUGUAAAUCAUUGGUUAAAGACCUUCCAUCCACCUUCCAUUGCACAGUAUUAGAUAUCUGUUCAUUAUAUUCUUUGCUUGAAUAUUACCACUUUAUAAACCUGACCUAUAGUGUACACACUGUACUGUUAGGUCACAGCUGCUUAAUGUACACAUAAUAUGUCACAAUUUCUGUAACUCCUAUUUCUACCUGCAAUGUUGUUCAUAUUUCAGUGUAUUCAUAAUAAAGUUGAACUGAAUUUGACCAGUUUUUAAUUUGUGUAUUGGUUAGAUGUUGUACAGUAUUUCAUUUUGCACCUCUUAACCUCUGUUCAAUUCAAAUAAAGUGGAACCUAAAUGACA